AUGAGUAACAGAAAGAAAACAUAUAAAUGCCUGGAGUGUGGAAAAAGUUUCAAGCAGAGUUCCCAUCUUACUUCCCAUCAAACAGUUCACACAGGAGAGAAACCAUAUAAAUGCCUGGAGUGUGGAAAAUGCUUCAGACUCAGUGAAAGCCUUACUUCCCAUCAAAGAACACACACAGGGGAGAAACCAUAUAAAUGCCUUGAGUGCGGAAAAUGCUUCAGAGUCAGUGGAAGCCUUACUUUCCAUCAAAGAACACACACAGGGGAGAAACCAUAUAAAUGCCUGGAGUGUGGGAAAAGCUUUAGUCGGAGUUCACACCUUGGUGUUCACCAGAAAAUUCACACAGGUGAGAAACCAUAUAAAUGCCUCGAGUGUGGGAAAAGCUUCAGUCACAGUUGCACUCUUACUUCCCAUCAAAGAAUUCACACAGGGGAGAAACCAUAUAAAUGCCUGGAAUGUGGGAAAACCUUCAGUCAUAAUUCCGGUCUUACUUCCCAUCAAAGAAUUCACUCAGGUGAGAAACCAUACAAAUGCCUGCAGUGUGGAAAAAGGUUCACUGACAGAUUCGCUCUCAUUUCCCAUGGAAGAAUUCACACAGAGGAGAAGAAAUAUAAAUGCCUGGAGUGUGGGAAAAGCUUCACUUUUAGUUCCAAUCUUACUUCACAUCAAAGAAUUCAUAAAGAGGAGAAACCUUACAAAUGCCUGGAGUGUGGGAAAAGCUUCAGUCAGAGUUCAAACCUUGGUGCUCACCAGAAAAUUCACACAGGGGAGAAACCUUACAAAUGCCUGGAGUGUGGGAAAAGCUUCAGUCAGAGUUCAAACCUUGGUACACAUCAGAAAAUUCACACAGGGGAGAAACCAUAUAAAUGCCUAGAAUGUGGGGAAAGCUUCAGGACAAGUUCGCACCUUCAUGUCCAUGAGAAGAUUCACACAGGGGAGAAGCCAUAUAAAUGCCUGGAAUGUGGAAAAAGCUUUAGCAGGAGUGGAACCCUUACUUCCCAUCGAAGAACUCACACUGGGGAGAAACCAUAUAAAUGCCCAGAGUGUGGGGAAAGCUUCCGUCACAGUGGAAACCUUACUUGCCAUCAAGGAAUUCACAAAGGGGAGAAACCAUAUAAAUGCCUGCUUUCUGAAUGUUCAGAGUGUGGAAAGAGAUUCAGUAUGAAUUCCAGUCUUCAAAAGCACCAAAGAACCCACACAGGGGAGAAAUCUUUUGAAUGCUUGGAGUGUGGAAAGAAAUUCAGUCAGAGUAGCCAUCUUCAGAUGCACCGAAGAACCCACACGGGGGAGAAACCUUUUGAAUGCUCACAGUGUGGAAAGAGAUUCAGUCGGAAUGCCCAUCUUCAACAGCAUCAGAGAACCCACACACAGGAGAAACCUUUUGAAUGCUCAGAGUGUGGAAAGAGAUUCAGUGAGAGUGGUACUCUUCAGAAGCAUCAAAGAACCCACACCGGGGAGAAACCUUUUGAAUGCUCACAGUGUGGAAAGAGAUUCAGUCGGAAUGCCCAUCUUCAACAGCAUCAGAGAACCCACACACAGGAGAAACCUUUUGAAUGCUCAGAGUGUGGAAAGAGAUUCAGUGAGAGUGGCACUCUUCAACGGCAUCAAAGAACCCACACAGGGGAGAAACCUUUUGAAUGCUCAGAGUGUGGAAAGAGAUUCAGUCAGAGUGGCCAUCUUCAGCUGCACCAAAGAACCCACACGGGGGAGAAACCUUUUGAAUGCUCACAGUGUGGAAAGAGAUUCAGUCGGAAUGCCCAUCUUCAACAGCAUCAGAGAACCCACACAGGGGAGAAACCUUUUGAGUGCUCAGAGUGUGGAAAGAGAUUCAGUGAGAGUGGCACUCUUCAACGGCAUCAAAGAACCCACACAGGGGAGAAACCUUUUGAGUGCUCAGAGUGUGGAAAGAGAUUCAGUCGGAAUGCCCAUCUUCAACAGCAUCAGAGAACCCACACACAGGAGAAACCUUUUGAAUGCUCAGUGUGUGGAAAGAGAUUCAGUGAGAGUGGCACUCUUCAACAGCAUCAAAGAACCCACACAGGGGAGAAACCUUUUGAAUGCUCAGAGUGUGGAAAGAGAUUCAGUCAGAGUGGCCAUCUUCAGCUGCACCGAAGAACCUACAUGGGGGAGAAACCUUUUGAAUGCUCAGAGUGUGGAAAGAGAUUCAGUGAGAGUGGCACUCUUCAACAGCAUCAAAGAACCCACACAGGGGAAAAACCUUUUGAAUGUUCACAGUGUGGAAAGAGAUUCAGUGAGCGUGGCACUCUUCAACACCAUCAAAGAACCCACACAGGGGAGAAACCUUUUCAAUGCUGA